CAGAAAAGGGAUCUAACCUGAGCCGUGGCAAGGAGACCCGAAGCCGCAGCAUCAACCCCGUCCGUCAACCCGAGACACUUUAAUAAUCGGUGAACCCCUCCCACCACCCACGAGGUUGAUACACAAUUCUCUCGCCUCUCACCUCUGCGUGCCCUACCAAAGCAUUUGCUCUUGACGUUAACCGAACCUGCACAUCGUUACAUAUACCCCUCAAGAGAGGUAUAAGCGAAGAAAACUAGUCGACCAAAAUGGCCCAGACAGGGUUCUUCCACCAUAUCGGCACGUUCCUGCUGUUCGCAGCCACAGUGCUGCUGAUCAUUACCGACAUCUCCUCCCCCGUCGUCAACAGCAUCUCGCUGCUGAGGAUCGACCUUGACAAGAGCAGAACGUCCGCCGGCCGCCACCCAAGCGUGACCUUCGGGUCCUUCGGCUACUGCGUGCGGGACACGAUGGCCUCCGGCCGGGAUUUCUGCACCCGCUCGCAAGUGGGCUACGACCCGGUGGCGAUCGUCGAGGAGACGGUGCGCAACGUCGAGUUCUCGGACUACGCGGCGGAUACGUCGAGGGGGCUCACGCGGGCCAUGAUCCUGCACCCGAUCGCGACGGGACUCGCCUUCAUCGCGUUCCUGCUCGCGAUCGGCGCCGGGUUCGUCGGCAGCCUGCUGGCGUCGCUGUGCUCGCUGCUGACGUUCGCGGUGACGCUGGUGGUGCUCGUGUGCGACUUCGUCGCGCUGGGACUCGUCCGAUCGGCGGUCAACGACGCGACGGGCAGCGACAGUCGCGCGGAAUGGGGCGCGGCGUCGUGGACGACGUUGGUCUCGGCCAUCUGCAGUUUCCUCGCCACGUUCGUCCUCUUCUUCACCUGCUGCAGCGCCCGGCUGCACCGGCGCCGCGGAGCACCGAACAAGGGCCCCGACGGCUACGGCGUCCCCGCCAGCCGGAGGCGCUUCUGGUAGGGGGGACGCGCCAGCUCCGCUAAGCUAGGUUUGAUCGGCCCAAGCGAUCUAUUCUCGUCUCUGAGAGAGAGAGGGGGGGGGGCGGUCGCGACCACUUCCGUGUGACGCGCUACGAAAAGAGACGACGCCGUGGACGAUACCAGAGAGGGAUGACUUGCGACGAAUUGCUGAAGGGAAAAAGGCG